AUGGUGGCCAUUACAAGCAUGGUCAUGCUCGCGGCGAACAACACGGAGCCGGCGACCUUUAUGACCGACUCUCUCGACACGCCCGGCAGUGACGAUGGCCAUGCCCGUGUGGUUGUGCUGUCCAUCAUCAGCGCUUUUAUCUGCCUUGCCAUGAUCCUUAUCGUCUGCAUAUACGGACGGCGCGCCUUUGGCAUCGGCAUCCCAAGCCGCGAUCAAGUGCAGUCUGUCUUUCGGAGCCGGUGCCGUAGGGAGCGACGCCGGCCACAAAUCCGCCACCAUCGCUCGUUCGGCCACCAAUAG